AUGGUAAUACUUGGCUUCUUUGCAUGGGAACAGAUGACAUAUCCCUGGGAAGAGAACUACUACUACUUCUUCGCAUCUUCCAUAACGGCGCUCAUGUCCGCCGGUAUUGUGUUCAUCGUAUACGUCCAGCGCAAGGCCAUUGCGACACCGUUCCAGGCGUUCCUGUUCGAGAUCGCGAAGUCGGUCCUUGCUACAGGACUAUGGCUUUGGCUUAUCUUGGACUCUGCGUUUGGCCCGGGUCGAGGUUACUAUACAGAUCCGAAAUAUGUUAGGAGACGGGUCCAGCGUGAUGCGCUCGCCAGUCUAUUGUUGCUGUGA